AUAAUUAUAUGUUUAAGGAAAUAAAAUCGAAGAGUAUAUAGACUUAGCGUGAAUUUUAGCCAGAAAAGGCCAAAAUUUAUUUUUAUACAAAAAAUUGACUGAAAUACUUAUAUUACAGACAGUUUUCGAGGAUUUUAGGCGAACUUUUUUAAUACUUUUUCUUAAAGUUUCCUUUUUAUCUCGAACACAAUUUUUCAGUGUGUGCAUUUAAUGUACACAGUCCAGUGAGGCGAUUUUUUGACAUGAUUAACAGCAACUAGGUUUUCAUUCAUUGCAAUGUAUUAAAAAAAACUUUUAUUGAUGCUCGUUGUGCACAGCUGGGUUGAAGAAAUGCAGAGCAUAUUUUGUUACUGAGAAAGUUUCAAUUUCUUCCAGUUUCAAUUCUUUAAAUUUCUUUUAAUUCCUUUUUAUCACACCUAAGUAAUAAUACGUGAUCUACCAUGCAUCGGUUAAUGUCAUAAAAUUGUUUUUAUAAUUUAUUUCUCUUUUUAAAUCAAGAUUUAAGGAGGAGCAAAAAACACCCCUUCCAGUUCUCUGCCCCUCGUCCCUUUGCCCGUGACAAGGAGUAUUUUCUGAUAUUCUGUAAAUAAUUCAUUCAACAAUUCAUUUGAGAUUUUAAUGCUAUUAUUUUUCAAGUUCGUAUAAAUAUAAAAUCUUGUAAUAGCGUAUUUGCAAUUUUUUAUCAUGUAAAUUUUUCCAAACCGAAAGAUUAAUAUCUUUUGUAGUUUUAAAGUUCCAAUUUGUCUUUAUAUAAAGUACUUUAACGUUAACGAAUGAGAAAUUAUCAGUAUAUCGUGUCAUAAAAAGCAUUAAAAUCUCCGAAUUUGUUUUCAUUUCUUCAAACACACAGCUACAAUAAAUAUAUUUUUAUUAAUUACAAAUCUGUUAAAACAAAUUCAUCAAUCAUUAAAACAUCGCAAUUAAAUUAUAUCCGAGAUGAAAUAGAGGCGGGGGGUCUAUUUUCCCAAGUUUCCAAUUUUAUCUUCCCAAAAGAACGGUGCGCCGGCGCUGUGCGGGGAGGGAAAUCUUACAUUCAUUUACACUCCAAGGUGCAGCUAAGUAGAAAUUAACAAGUUCACGGGGGGGGGGGGAUUAAGCGUGCCCCCUCCCCCCAAAAUCUUAACCGCUUCGACGAAGAUUCCGGGGAACCGUCGACGGUGCUCUCGCGGGAAGGGGUGGGCAACGCGCGGAGGAGCGUCGGUGUGUCGCGCGGCGCCGCGAUGGUGGGGGAGCGCGAAAGGAAAGGAACGGCCGGCGGCGGCGGCGGCGGCGCGCGUAUUCGCCGCGCGACGCGCAAUGUGCACCGCGCCAUCGUUCGAAACGCGUCGGUGUCGCUCUCUCGCGCGUGCUUCGUGGUGACACGUCGUGGCGACAAACGAUAUACUCCGUCGCCUUUCGCGCGAGCACGAGCAGCCGUUUGACGAUUGACACGAGGAAGACGAAACCCCACGCACGGCACGUGAGACUCGAUACUUUCCCCUACUCUCGGGCGAGACUGAAUCGCCUCGUGGCGGAGAGCAGGGAGAGAGAGGUGGGAGGGGAAACGCCGUCUCGUCCCGCGAGAUCAUGAUCCGCGUCGCGGAAGUGCGAUAACGCGAGAUCGAGCGAGGACGAGCCUGGCGUCGCCUCGAGGAAGGAAUCCGUGCCGCUUUCUUCUUCCCCUCUCGGUGGACGAACGCAAAAGCGCCGGCGAUCGAAUGCGCCUCGUUGGAUGCUGCCGGCAGCGCGCGUGGUCGACCUGGAACCCCGUGCUCGUCGGGGCUACGCCGCCGCUGCCGCUGUGAGUUGGUGCUGUUACCGCUGCUGCCGUUGCCGUUCGUGUUGCCGCUGCCCCAGGUAGCACUGGUGGCCGCGAUGGACGCGCGCGUGGUCGGUGUCGGUGCGCCGGCCGCGGAAGAGACGCCGGUGGCGGUGGCGACGCGGGGCGUCGCGACGCCCUCGCCGGUCCCCUCGGCGCCGAGCUGUACCGCCGUGGUAACCGUCACCGGUACCGGCAACGGCAGCGUCGUCGGCGGCGGCGGUGGUGGUUCCACCGCCGCCGCGACCCUCGCGUCCGCGUCCUGCACCCCGCAGAAUCCCCCGGUCGUCGUCGUCGCCAGCCCGUCCAACAACCAUCAACAGCCGGUCACUGCCGUACCCAGGAUACUCAGCAGGAACGUCAACGGCACGUUGGUGCAGACGUCCGUGCCGCAGAACGAGGCCGAGCUGCAGCUGUAUAGAGUGAUGCAGCGUGCCUCGCUGUUGGGAUACUACGACACGCUCCUCGAGAUGGGAGGCGACGAUGUGCAACAGCUGUGCGACGCGGGCGAGGAGGAGUUCCUGGAGAUCAUGGCGCUGGUGGGCAUGGCGAGCAAGCCGCUUCACGUCAGGAGGCUGCAGAAAGCGUUGCAGGAGUGGCUCACUAAUCCCUCGUUGUUUCAAACGCCGGUCGUGCCGACGAACGCCGCCGCCGCCGCGGCCGCCGUCGCCGCCGCCGCAGCGGCCGCCAAGAGCCCGGUCGCCGCCGCCGCCUUCGCCUGCGCGAGUCCGCGGCCGCAGAUGCAGAGCUUGCCGACCGCCGCCGGCUUUGGCGCGACCUCCCAGACCACCCUGACGCCGGCGUCCUACGUGUCGACGACGCCCCACGUGUCGCUGACGUCGCUGCCCUGCCGAAGCGCCAGCCCGGUCGUACCGGCGGUCACCAGCGUGUCGACGUCGGCGUCCUCGACGACCUUCCGCCAGAGCCCGAGCCCGAACACGUCUCUACCUUACGCGACCACUCACAGUCCCAAUGUGUUACAGGUAGGAACGUGCGAGUCUUCGUGCGGCAGCGGAACCACGCCGAGUCCGAGCGGCGGUGGCGGCGGCGGCGGAGGUGGCGGUGGCUGCGGUGGUGCACCUGCGAGCCCGACACAGCCGACGCCGACCCUUCUGCAGUCACAGGUGCAGCGGCUCGCCGAGGCCGCGGAGAGGCUCGUCGCCACCAUAAGGCCCCUCGAUCCCAAACCCCACAAUGUGAAGAAAAAACUCUGCAAGAACCUGGAGAUGGUGAUGACGAUGUCUGACAGUGAUCCGCGCAAAAUGGAUGAGAUCCGGAAGUACGCGGCGAUCUACGGCAGAUUCGAUUGCAAGAGAAAGCCGGAGAAGCCGCUCACGUUGCACGAGGUCUCGGUGAACGAAGCGGCGGCGCAGAUCUGCAGAUUCGUGCCUGCCCUCCUCACUAGGAGGGACGAGUUGUUCCCCUUGGCACGUCGUGUCGUCCGUGAUUCCGGCUAUCACUACUCUAAAAGCCAAUACUUGUCGAUGUCGAGGCCGCGCGAAAACGGAGAGGAGACCGACAGCGAGCGUUUGAAACGUCGGAAACUGGAGCUGGAGGGUGAGGGUGAGGACGCGACGCAGGAGGAAUUGGAUUUACGAUGUUCUGGAACGGAUAUUAACAAUUCUAUCACAAGGAGACACAGGUCGUCGAGUCCAGUCUGGAGGAAGAAGAGUAAUAAUGGCAUAUUUAGCGCUAGCGUGGAGGAAAUCAGCGACUCGGAUAGCCAAUUCUCUUUUUCUAAUGAGGAAUCCUCAUCUAUGCACGACACAAACGAGGCAGAGGCUGAGAAUACCGACAAAGAAGGAGAUUUCAAUUUAAAGGUGAUAGCCUCUCGCGGAGACAACAUAAUCGCCGUGGCGAAUCCCGCGCUAAUGGAAUGCAGCCAUCCCAUAAAAGAAGAGCCCGCGGACGAGAAACCUACACUGUGAUAUUAUUACUUAGAGUUUACUGCCGCUACCGACAUGUAUAACGGCAUAGGGACGCCGUCAUUGUCACCGGUCAUUAUCAACGUGCAAACAUCGUCCACAUGUGUGUUAUUGAACAUGACUGCAGCGUUCGUGGCGGCGUUUGAAUAAUAUACUACAUUUACUUGCGCUUGGAUUUUACAUACCGAUUUUCUGUGUCCUUUACUUUUGUCCGAGCGAGAAACGUGUACGACGCUGCCCGUUAUCUAGUUCUAGCGAAGCGAAAAACGCACCCCAAAAAAAUAUUGUAUAGCAAUUGUGACGAGAACACGUUUCUAAUAGAAGCCGAUAGCUAAAUAAAAGCUAAAUAAAAGCUAAAUAAGCCGUUUAAAUCAAAAGAUUGUUGACUGAAGUACGUAGUAUUAUAAAAUGUACAUUAUAAGCAAAAGUGUAAAUAUAGAUAAAUAUAUAAGAGUCCUUUUUUUUU